UGUAAGUCAAACAACGAAAUAAUCUCAUGUUUAACUUGUAUUAUAGAAUAUAUCAAUCAAUAGAGUAUAAUGGGAUUCAUAAAACAUCUUAUCGGUUUACUUCCCUUUAAAGUUGUGAUCAUUGCGUGAUUAUAAGUAAGAAUAGUAACCACAUUGUUAUCUGUAAGAUAAUGUCAAAUGUAGUAAUGCAUUGUUAAAAUUCGAACAUCGGCCUUAAACUAUGUAAUGCAAUGUCAACCAAGGGCAAACCAUUGUUAUACCUGAUAUGUUUAAAUUGUAUAUUUUUCAUACACAGCCUCCAGCUACACGAAAAUAUAUUAACGCUGAUAAGCAUCCACUCUGACGACGGCAGAAAUGUACAUGUUGAAUUUACUGCAUUUGGAAAACUCCGAGAAUACCAUGUAUUAAAAUCAUCACCUCCAAUUCUACCCGAUGAGCUGCCAGUUAUUACUAUAGAUAAAGAAAGCACAAAAACCCAAUAUAUUAGUUUGCAAGAGUUUAUUGUUAAUAUGUAUUUUUUUCAGCAUGGCAUUGAAUUUUACAGAGAGACUGAAGGACUUGGUGUCUUUAUUCUAAACAUGUUGCAGAAUUCAAACAACUGUUUUGCACUCAAUGGUAUUGUCUAUGAAGAUGGCCAUUAUCUGACGAUUGAACCCGAUGAACACAACGUUAAUUGUUCGUCUCUGUCUGGAAUACGACAUUUGGUACAUCGACGCCGGUAUCAUUCAGAUGAAUAUGGCCUCAAUUUGAAGACUAAAUGCAAAAACACAACGAAAAGAUUUCUUUUAGAUGGGAUCGCAAGUCAUCCGGAUUCAGUAUUACCAAUACCUGGAAAUGUUGAUGCGAAAGUGGAGAUUCUAGCCUGGACAGAUAUGUCAUUCACAGAAUCUUUCCAAAAACAACUCAAACAGAAAGAUGUGGAGUUGGAUAUUACAAAAUACAUAGCAACAGUGGUUCAUGCUGCAAAUGUACUUUACCAGCAUGCAAUCGUGGACAAGUCUUUGAAUGUCUCUCUGUAUUUAACAGGUGCUGUAAUAUGCAAGAUUCCUGAUUGCAGUAGAUUUACAUCUGAUUUACAACAUAACAAUAGUGUCGACAAUCACAAAGCACUCGAUAAAUUUGCAGAAACGCUCAAAGAUGCUUACACUAACUCUAUGUUAUCCUUUCAUUACGAUUAUGCAGUAGCUUUUACCAGAGAUGACCUGACCGACCCACAUGGAACACCAGUUGGUGUAUCCUUUACUGAUGACAUUUGCUCUAUAUCAGAUGGGAAAUCCUCAUCUAUUAUCGAGGAUCAAGGCGGGUAUAGCUGUAUAGGAACAUUUGUACAUGAAGUGGCUCACAUAUUAGGAUCUGACCAUGAUGGAUACUUUCGUGGAAAGAAAUGUGAUCCUUCGAAUGGUUUCCUGAUGGCAUCAUUUAAUCCACUUGCGAAAACCGCGUUUUAUUUCUCUCAGUGUACUGUCAAUUCUAUAAAGGAAAACUUACUAAAACCAAACGCAUCCUGCGUAUUUGAUACACCUCACAUCAACCAUCGAUACCAGUCACUAUCAACAGAAUUACCUGGGCAAAUAUACAAUGUGACGGAACAAUGUCGACAAAUAUAUGGUACAUCAUUCUGCUUGAGUAUUGGGACUAAACUAGAAGAUAUAUGUUAUAAGAUGUAUUGUUGGGAUCCACACUUGACAAAUGUGUGUUCCACGAAAUCAUCUGCAGCGCCUGGUACCUCAUGUGGACAUAAAAAGUGGUGUUCAAAUGGAGAAUGUGUUUAUGAUGCACGCGCACCCUGAUACAUGCAUUGCAUAUCCGCGACCAAGUGGUGG